AUGAGUAAUAUAAAUAACUGCACGACAAGUACCGCCACCGGUGCUGAUCACCAUUUCUGGCACACCCUUCACAACCACGAGUUCAUACAAGCCGUCAAUUACUACUUCAACGACUACUGGACCGAUGAGUGCGACCCCCGGACCCGACACUACUGGCUGGCUGUCGGGGGUCCGCAGCGGCUGUUAAUCGUAAUGUCUUUAUGGCUGCUAUUCGUCACGAAAGUCGGCCCCCAAUUGAUGGCCAAUCGCAAGCCCUUUGACUUACGGUCCCUCAUGUUUGCGUACAACGUAUUUAUGGUCGUCUCAAACGCUUACUUCUUCGUGCUGUCCAUCCGAUGGCUGGACUACGGGCGCCGGCUAUUCGAGUUUGAGUUCCCGUCGCGCGAGGAUACCAGCCCUCAGACGCUCGGCCAGAUCGACGAGACGGUGCUCUACGCCUACACGAAAUUCGUGGACUUAUUGGACACCAUAUUCUUCGUGUUGCGUAAGAAGCACUCGCACCUGACAUUCCUGCACCUCUACCACCACUUCAUGGUACCGGUGCUGGGCUGGGCCGCCAUCAAACUAGGGCCCACAUGUCAGCCCAUAGCGGUGUUCGCGAUACUCAACACUCUGGUCCACACCAUUAUGUACUCGUAUUACGCGCUGUCGGCGUUUGGGCCGUCCGUCCGUCGGUUCUUGUGGUGGAAGCGAUACAUAACGCUCUUACAAAUCACACAAUUUUGUAUAUUUGUUACGUACGGGGCUUUCAGUGCGUUCCUCACCAGCGGGUGGCCCCGCGGUCUCUAUUGGAUCGGUUGGAUUCAAAACCCCCUCUUUUUACUACUUUUCCUCAACUUCUACCGCCAGUCCUAUAGAAAGAGCACCAAAACUACAAAAGUUUUAUAA